AUGAAGGACUGUGGUAGUCUGUUCUUGGAACUUUUCCAGAUCUUUCUCACUGGAAGACUCAAGAGUGAUAUCCACGUCGCGCGAAGAGAAGACGAUAAGAUGCAUCUAGACGUUAGUUUUCGACAGUUAACAGGAGAUUGUCAACAUCAUCAUCUGAAUAAUAUAAUUCAAGCUACGCUGGAAUCAGUUCUAGAUUUGGAAAUGUUUCCGCGGACAGGAUUAACGGUCACGGCUCAUCUUCUACAAUCAGAUGGUAGCGUGGGUGCUACAGCUUUAACUGCCAUUGGUCUCGCAGUUUUGGAUAAUGGCAUUGUUAUACGAGCUCCGUUCUGUGGAGUAGAAGUAUGUGAAGUUGAUGGGAAACUUGUCUUGGAUGCAGACGCGAGAACAGAGUCGAAAGCGACAGCCCAUUGGCUUUUCGUCUUUACGAGGACAGCUGAGGGUGACGGUGAGAUGAUCGCAUCCGAUUCCGUGGGUCCCUUUAAGAUGGGAACAUUUGCCUCUGCGCUUAGCUUAGCACGAGAGGGAUCAAAACAGAUAUUUACAUUUUAUAAAGAGAUGAUAGAACGGAAGCAUAGUGUUGAUGUUUUGCCUCAGAUACUAUGA